AUUAUCCAGCACCCCAGCCUCAGCUCCAUAUCUUUUCAUCCAAAAUAUUUUGCUGUCAUUACGGGGUAGGGUUUGAUAAAUAUCUCAAAGGACCCUUCGCGACGGUUACUACGAGUAUAAAUGACUGAAGCUGCAAAAGUGAAAGCUAUCCUGGCUCGCUAAUCAGCUCCACCCUGCCCUUCCUUUCCUUGGAUGCUCCGUCUCUAGGAGCGUCAGGGCCGAAACAGCCACCAUGGUGCAUAUGAAUGCAUUUCGCAUUUUGGGCGAUGUAUCCCAUGCGACGUCCAAAUGUAUUUUAAUAUGGGCAAUACAUUCGAACAAAAGCGCUGAAGGCGUGUCUCUGAUUACCCAGGCUCUCUAUGCGGCAGUCUUCGUAACGAGAUAUCUCGAUCUGUUUACGACGCCGCCUGCAUUCUCCUACUGGAACUUUGUCCUCAAAAUAUUCUAUCUCCUGAGUUCCUUCUACGUCAUACUGCUUAUGCUUCGAAUCUUUCCACGAACCAGGGAAAGAGAGAGGGCUUGGAAACUAGGAGGCUAUGCGCUUGCUGCGGCUGUCAUACUUGCUCCAAUUCUCACACCUAUUUUUGAGGGCAAGCAAAGCUUCAGGCCACUCAAAAUCCUUCGAACCUUCUCGAUCAUCCUCGAAUCCGUGUGUGUUUUACCGCAGCUGGUACUCCUCCGGCAGACAACCGUGCCAACGGUGAUUGAUUCUUACUACCUCCUGACUCUCGGAUCAUACCGGUUUUUCUAUCUCCUCAACUGGAUUGUCCGAGCACUGCCGCCCGAGAGGCACUUUGACUUCAUCGAUGUCUUUUUCGGAAUAAUUCAAACGCUCCUAUACUUUGACUUUUUCUGGGUCUACUACACUCGCCAGCGAGUAAAGCUCCGGGGUGGCGGAGUUGUCGACUCGGACGAUCUUCGCCGCGGCUGGUUUCUCAAACGCAUUUUUGGGACCCGUCCAAGUGACCACGACGAUGAGGAGACAGUCUUUGACGAAGAACAAGCGCCUCACGAGCGACUCGGGCGAACCAGGACCCAUCCAAAAUGGGGUGCACGGGGUAUCUCCAUUACAGCAGAUGAUGAUCUGUUCGACCGGCCUCAAACAACAAAAUUUCCUUCUGAUCUCGCACGCGAUCAUGAACGGACUGGCAUCUUGAACACGGAUCUGGGAGUGGAUGACGACGACAAUGAUGAAGUCCGCGAAAAUGUCACUCCCCAGACCAACGGAGCUCAUUCGAACGGAAUCCAUACCAAUGGUGUCAGCAAUGGAGAUGAGUGGCGCGACUCGCGUCGCCAGUGAGACGACGGUGUAUUUGCUCUCAAGACAGUCCUUUCUUGGUUUUCAAUCGCUUGCAAUGUUUUCUAUUUGCUGCCAAGUUCACACAUUACUUUGGUCAUCCCGCAGAGCUUUACAAUGUCUGUUUUGGCGUCUCUGCGCAAUUGGACCUUUUUUUGCAUGGAAGACGAGCCUUUCGAUGUUUCCGUUAAACACCAAUUUUGAUACAACAC